GGAAAGACGAACUCGUUCAAAGGUAUCACUUCCUGCUGUUCGUAUCCUCUCCAUCCUUCCGCCGCUUCCUCUUCUUCCCCCCCUCCAUCCUUCGAUUGUAAAACUUUUGGCGGGUGACUGUCAAGCUGAUCCAACUCCCAACCGAUCCUCCAUUCUUUCUUUACCCCGCUGCGGGGUUCUUCUCUCCCCUGUCUCCCUCUCUCCGUCAGCGAGCUCCGAUCACCCGCCAUUGCAGUUUCUUCCACUUCUGCACUGGCAGUUAUUGCCCAGCUGAAGUGAGAGAGGUGGCGGUUUGUGAUCUUUAGGGUUGUCUGAAUUCCUGGGCUUUUCUCGCCCGCUGAUGGUGAUGUGAUGCCGCGAAGAUAGUUUCAAUUUUAAGCUGUGAAUGGGGGUGGCAAGACGGCUGCUACACAUUGAUUGUUGCUCUACGUCUGGGGUAGAUUGAUAGGCCACUGUAAGGACCUGAUAAGUCCUAAAAGACCCUGCUUUCCCACCAUCGUUCCGUCUUUGCCGCUGACAAGUGCCAGCUCACAAUGAUGAAGAGAUGGUGCAGCCACUGCGCGAAGAUGGUCAUGGCCGAGCGGCCCUUCGACGGCUCCCUAUGCUGCUCGGAAUGUGGGAAAGUGUUGGAGGAUUAUAAUUUCUCUGUGGAACCUACAUUUGUAAAAGAUGGCGCAGGACAGAGCCAUUUAUCGGGAAAUUUCGUGAGGACGAUCCAGAGCGACUAUUCUGCUUCAAGAGAACGAACAUUGGACAAUGCUUAUGAAGACAUGAAGAAUCUGUGCUAUGGUUUAGGGAUGGAUCAACCUGAGGGCAUAUUGAAAGCUGCAUCAGCAUUCUACAGAAUGGCGCUUGAGAAAAAUUUUACAAGAGGGCGUAGAUCAGAACUAGUACAAGCUGCUUGUGUUUACAUUGCAUGUCGGGAAAACAGAUUACCGUAUCUGCUCAUUGAUUUCUCAAAUUGGUUGAAGAUAAAUGUUUAUGUGCUAGGUGCAGUGUUUUUGCAGCUAUGCAAAGCACUUUGGCUUGAGGAACACCACAUUGUACAAAAGCCUAUUGAUCCUUCACUUUUCAUUCAUAAGUACACAACAUGUUUGUCAGGGGGGAGAAACAAUGAUGUCGCCAGGACUGCCUUACGCAUCAUAGCCAACAUGAGAAUGGACUGGAUGCAGACAGGGAGGAAACCCAGUGGUCUAUGGGGAGCAGCAGUUUACGUCUCUGCACUUGCACACGGUCUUACUUGUUCUAAGUCUGAUGUUUUAAGGCUGGUGCAUGUCUGUGAAGCAACAUUGACAAAGCGAUUGGUUGAAUUUGAGAACACAAAAUCAGGAAGCUUAACGAUCGAGGAACUAAAUGCGAAGGCAAAGGCCGACGAUAGAGGUUCUGCAACAGAAGCAAAUAUUGGAUUGGAUAUAUCUGACUCAAGGGAAUUGCUGUGCGAGCACAAGGGUACCAACACCCCGCACUAUAAGAUUGGGCUCUGUAAAUCAUGCUACAAUGAAUUUGUAGAAUUUUCCGGGGGUCUUGAGGGAGGAUCAGAUCCUCCUGCUUUCCAGCGUGCAGAGAGGGAACGGGCAAUGUUGGCUGCUAUGGAAAAGGAAAAAGAAUUGAGUUUGUUGGAGACUGAGAUGAACAGCUCGCCUGGAGUCGAAAAAGAAAAGUUGCAACCUGACAUUGGAAAAACUGUUCAUCCAAGCUCCAUUGAUGGAGGUCUUGAUGGAUCACAUGAGGAAGAUAAUAUGACCACGAAUGCUGGUGAUGAAUCGGACACUCUUUCUGACAUAGAUGAUGUUGAGGUUGAUGGCUACCUUCACAAUGAGGAGGAAAAACAUUAUAAAAAGAUUAUCUGGGAGAAAAUGAACCGAGAAUAUCUUGAGGAACAAGCAGCUAAGGAAGCAGCAGCGGCAGCAGCCAGGGAAGCCUGUGCCGCCAAUUUCAAAGGCACUCCAGAGGAAUUGCAGGCUGCACAGGAACUUGCUGCAGCUACUGCAGCGUCUCUUGCAAAAGCUAAAAAGGAAAAGCAGCAAAAACGAGCUGCUGAAGCGAAAAAUGCUGCUCCUGCUCAAACUGCUGCAGAAGCCACCCGCCAAAUGCUUAUUAAGAAGAGACUCAGUUCCAAGAUCAACUACGAUGUGCUGGACAAGCUCUUUGAUGAAACUGGAGCCCCCGAAAGCACGAAGAAGCAAAAGACAGAAUCAAAUAAUGGCAAUGAGGAUAUGGCCCAAAAAGGCGGGAGAGAGCUGGAAUCCGAGAAGGCAGACAGAACAGAUGAACCGGAAGGGGAAGGGAAAGAGGAAGACGAUGAAAUGGAAGGAUAUGCAGAAGGAGAAGAGUACGGGGACGAUGAGUAUCAUGGGGACGCCUAUGAUCAAGCCGGAUACGAUUAUGAGGGUGACAACUAUGGCUAUGAUGGUUUUUGACCCAGAUGUUUCUCCGGAUUCGUUUGGGACUAUAUUCUUCGAUAUUCUUUGAUAGGACAAGACUGUAUCACAGAGGAUCGAGUUUGUAGUUGUACAUUAGAAUUGCAGAAAAUAGGACAGAUCUAAAUUACUUAGCAGGUUUAUUUCUUGAUUUAUAAUCAUUUUCCCUUAUUCAGGGAGAGGAGCUUCAAAUUGUAACAUGAUUUGAGGAUUUUCUGCCCCUAAUAAUAUUUUCAUCCUUAAAACAUUAUGAAUAA